AUGGUGGGGUUUUGUAUACUGGCAGGGAUACUGCUGGUGAUUUUUAGUGCCUCAUUCAUACUAGUAGUUAUUGAAACAAUUCAAUCUGAGUAUUCCAAUGUCAAUAUCCCUCCUGGAGUGAAUAAGCCUGGAAAGCUUCGACUUGUUCUUGCUUCUAUGAUUAGUACAUCUGUUAUGGGGAAGAUUUUGGCAAAGCUGGAGGUGUGCAGCGAGCUCGCCUUCACCCGCUACAUUCGCUCCGGGAAGAAGCUGGGGCCGGACCCGCAGCUCUGGCUGACGGACGAGCAGUUCUGCGGAGUGCCGGUGAGGGUCUAUCGGCCACGCGCGCCAUCUGCCGGCCUGCGAACGGCCGCCAUCUUCUUCCACGGCGGCGGAUGGCGGUACUGCGGCAUCGAUUUCUAUGAAAAGAUCUGCCGUUACAUUGCCAAAGAAAGCGACUCGGUGGUUGUGUCUGUGGGGUACCGCUUGGCUCCUGAACACAAAUACCCUGCUGCAUACGAAGACUGUCUGAAUGCUACCAUACACUUCAUGAAGAACAUCCAGCACUAUGGUGUGGAUCCUGACAAUGUCAUUGUCUGUGGGGACAGUGCUGGGGGCAAUCUAGCAGCUGCUGUCAGCCAUUCUCUUGUGGGCAGAUCAGACCUCCCCAAACUACGUGCUCAGAUCUUGCUCUAUCCAGGACUUCAGGGAGUUGACUUCAAUUUACCAUCCUAUCAGCAGAACCGAGGAGUCCCUCUCUUACUCCGAGAACGAGCUGCUUUCUAUGCUUUGCAGUACCUACGUGGGGAUGCACUGCAUCUGAAAGAGGUCUUGGAGGGCUCUCAUAUUCCUCCAGACAUGAGGCUGAAGUACAGGAAGUGGGUGAAUCCAGACAACAUCCCUGAACAAUUUAAGGUCAGAGGCUACAAACCACACCAGCCCCCUGAAUUCAAGGCUGAAGUGUAUGAGUCAGUGAAAAGAUUCUGUGAGCCCAACCUGUGUCCUCUGCUGGCUGAAGAUGCUGUUAUUCAGCAGCUGCCUGAGUCUUUCAUCUUGACUUGUGAAUAUGAUGUGCUGAGGGAUGAUGGCUUGCUUUACAAGAAGAGAUUGGAGGACAAUGGUGUUCGAGUGACCUGGUACCACCUUGAGGAUGGAUUCCAUGGAAUCAUAAGCCUAUAUGAGUUUUAUUCUUUUUUUUCCUUUCCAUCUGGGAAAAGGGGAUUGGACAGAGUGCUUAAAUUCAUAAAAGGCCUUUAG